UGACCGCGCUGCGGCUGAAGGCCACCAAAACAAAAUUGGCAGAGGCUGCGGCUUCCAGGGGACUGGUGGUCUCAGGGAGGGCUGGGACACGCGAUGGAUCUCCUGCCAAACUUUUCUUUUGUCACGUGGCUGCUCCUCAUCGUUUUCCUUAGCCUCCUGGUGCUCUAUGGGAUAUGGCCCUUCCGGGCCUUCAAGAAGCUGGGCAUUCCCGGGCCACAGCCUCUGCCAUUUUUGGGAACUUUCCUGGAGUACCGGCACGGAGUCCUGAAUUUUGAUCAGAUGUGCUUUGAAAAAUAUGGUAAAAUCUGGGGGAUUUAUGAUGGCAGGCAGCCUGUCCUGGCCAUUUUGGACUCUGUUCUCAUCAAAAACAUCCUGGUGAAAGAGUGCUAUACUAUUUUUACCAAUCGCCGGAACUUUGGUCUGAAUGGGAUCCUAGAGUCAGCCCUCAACGUGGCUGAAGAUGAGAAGUGGAAAAGGAUUCGUACUGUGUUGUCUCCAACAUUCACCAGCGGGAAGCUGAAGGAGAUGUUGCCUAUCAUUAAUCACUAUGGUGAAAAAUUAGUGAAAAACAUUGAGAAGAAAGUGGCUAAUGAUGAAUUCGUGUCCACAAAGGACGUUUUUGGAGCCUACAGCAUGGAUGUGGUGGCCAGCACUUCUUUCAGUGUGAAUAUUGACUCCAUGAGCAACCCCAAUGACCCCUUUAUCACCAACAUUAAGAAAUUUCUCAAAUUCAGUUUCCUAAACCCCAUAUUCGUGUUCUUAGUGCUGUUCCCCUUUGUUAUCCCAGUGCUGGAAAAGAUGAAUGUGACUCUGUUACCUUCAAACGUCAUGGAUUUCUUCAACAGUGUCUUCAUAAAAAUGAAGAAGGAACGAGAAAAGGGCAGCAACACGGACCGGGUUGAUUUCCUGCAACUCAUGGUUGACUCGCAGAGCUCACAUGACAGCUCCAAGUCUGAUGAGACCGACUCGUACAAAUCAUUAAGUGAUGAGGAGAUUCUGGCCCAGGCUCUUGUCUUUGUCUUUGCUGGUUAUGAGACCACCAGCUCCACCCUCAGCUACAUAGCGUAUAACCUGGCCACCCACCCCGACGUGCAGCAGCGACUUCAGGACGAGAUCGAUGCAAACCUGCCCAACAAGGCUACUCCCAUGUACAACGCCAUCAUGCAGAUGGAGUAUCUCGAUAUGGUGGUGAACGAAUCCCUCCGGCUCUUCCCCCCUGGGGGCCGGAUUGAGAGGGUCUGCAAGAAGACAGUGGAGCUCAACGGUGUGACUAUUCCGAAGGGCAUGGUGGUCAUGAUCCCAGCCUACGUGCUGCAUCGUGACCCCGAGUACUGGCCAGAGCCGGAGGAGUUCAGGCCUGAGAGGUUCAGUAAAGAGACUAAAGACUCUAUUGACCCCUACACCUUCCUGCCGUUUGGGGCUGGCCCCAGGAACUGCAUAGGGAUGAGGUUUGCCCUCCUUGUCAUGAAAGUGGCUGUGGUCGUCCUGUUGCAAAACUUCUCGUUCAGAACCUGCAAAGACACUCCGGCAUCUUCAUCUGCUGGCACCCCGCGCCGAUGAAGCGGGCGAGCAGGCUGCUGUGACCGGCAACGCUGACGUACCCACGGAGAGAUCGACCAGUGAACGUGGAGCACAGCUUUGUGUCCCGGCACCUGCGCCGGAUUCUGGCAAGGGGCAAAACAGUGUCGAGGUGUAGCAAAUCUCGUCUUCAUCUUGCUGAAUUCGGUCGUGCUUAAGAGCAGAAAGUGCACACCUCCGUGGGUUCCCGCCUGUUUUAGAGGGAGGUUUGCCAUCAGAUUUUGGCUGCAUGGAGUGGUUGGGUGGGACCUUGCGGUGGGGAAUUGCUCAGGCGCUGUGAGGUUUCCAGCAGGUACAGUACAUGGGACGCUCUGUUCCUCGGCUUUACUCCAGACUGAGCAGCUGUUUGGGGAGUGUUCUGUCUCAACCCUUCCUGGUCCAGUUUCCAGAGGUAAUGAGCAUGCACCACUCCCCCGUAGCCAGAGGGAAAUAAAGCUGUGCUCUUCAACAGCCGUGUGCCUCAGUUUACCUGCACAUAAUUUUAUUUUUUUUUUAAUUAUGUACAGUUAGGCAAUAGUGAACUUUGGCGUGCAUCCUGCUUAUGCUGUGCUUUGAUUUAGGUCGCAGCAAGGUCACAGAGUGAGCAAAUGGGUUUCCUUGUGGAUGACACUAAAGCAGAAGUGCUUCAGGAGCUCAUCUAACGUGCUCCAGCUGCUGACAGCUUGAAGCAAGUCCUCUACUCCCUCUAAAAAACAUAUAGGAUGAAUAUAGGGCCCUCAGCAUCAACUCCUUUGCUCUGUGUGUGCCCCUCUUAUAGCACAGCCCUGCUUCCUAAUGCAAACAUAGCUUCAGCUCAGCAACAGCUCCUUCUGAAGGAUAGCCCACCAUCAAGUUGCAUCAUUCAAAUCUGGCCCCAACCACUUGUGCUUCAAAUAUUUAGUCUUGUUUGAAGCGAGAGCACCCACUUGCACUUAACAUGGUGCUCACUCAUCGAAGCGGUAUCGCUGCUGGGCUUAACAUGUGAGUGAGUUCUUCGCUGGCUCUCGCUCCUCUCCCAUCGCUGGGCGAGCUGGCGAGCAGGAGGUCCUGGGGCCAGUCCCAGGUAGAGUGAUCGUGCCUGCCACAAUUUGCAAGACUCUUGGAGCCUUCCUGACCCAGGCUUCCAUAGAGGUUGUCGGUAUUAUUGCUACUGGUGCUGUACUGGACCCACUGCUGAAGAGAGACAAGCCUCCAGGCACCCUUAUUGAAUGCUCGAUUCAGUUAAAAUCAAUGGAAUAAUCAGCCCACAGAGUCUGCCCAAAGGUCAGGAAGCAGUGAUUUUUUUCCUGCAGCAGCUUUGGUCCCGAGCUCUUGUUUUAGUGUGAGGAUGGCAAGCAAAAGCACUUCAGCAGGCAGGUUAUAAAAGUGUUAUGACUGCUGGUAUUAAGCUGACAGGCUAACGUAGCAAGUCCAUAGCAAGGUCUCCUAAAAUAGAGAGGUAAAUUCUUUGCAACGCUCGUUUCUUGGACAACUCAAAAACAAGCUGGUGAUGGACAUGGCGCAGGCUGGGCUGGCAUCCUGCAAGACAAAAUGCAGAAGAGCCUCAAAGAGGAGCCCGCCAGUGUGGAGGAGGUAGAGGAUGCCAGGAGAAAGGGUGCUGGACCGUGGGACGGUACCAUGUUGAGACACUCCCUCUUUCUCACCCUAUCCCAUCCCACGGCCCCAAAGUUCACCCCCCGCCCCCCCCC